GGUCCUUUUGGGUACUGUAGCCAACUCCUCACCUGUUUCCCAUCAAAUCAAACCUUAACUUCUUCUCUUUCAUCAAACCCUCUCCACUGAUUCCUCUUUUCAUUUUCCCAAAAUACCCUUCCUGCUCAGAUUAUUGGGGGCCCUUUCGUCUGCCUAGCUCCCCUGGUUUGUUCAACAGCUGGGUUUUCUUUGCUGCUCUGUUUUCAGAAACAAUGAGCAAUUCAAACUUUGUGGAUUUGUCUAGUGAUGAUGACGAUGAUGAAACCAGCGUUUCGAACUCUGUUUCUCCAACGCCAAUAUCUCGGCAAUUCUGGAAAGCUGGAAACUACAAGAGUGCACCGAGACAGGGUCAUAAAGCCGGAAAUAAAAAUCAACACAACCAUAUGCGGAUACACCCUAUGUUCCUUCACUCAAAUGCCACUUCACAUAAGUGGGCUUUUGGAGGCAUAGCAGAGUUGCUCGACAAUGCAGUUGAUGAGAUACAAAAUGGAGCAACUUAUGUUUCCAUAGACAAGAGUUCUACUCCAUGGGAUGGGAAGCCAGCUUUGUUAAUUCAAGAUGACGGCGGUGGAAUGGACCCAGCGGCUAUAAGGCGCUGUAUGAGCUUUGGAUUUACAGAUAAGAUAUCAAAAUCAACCAUUGGACAGUAUGGAAAUGGUUUCAAGACCAGCUCUAUGAGACUUGGAGCAGAUGUUAUGGUCUUCAGUCGCCACAGGGCACUGACUCAAAGUGUUGGACUCCUUUCAUAUACAUUUUUGAGUCAGAUGGGCUAUGAUGAGAUACUUGUACCAAUGGUGGAUUAUGAGUUUAACAUAUCAUCUGGAACAUAUCGGCCCUUACUGCAACAUGGUAAACAACAAUUUUCCUCUAAUUUGACCAUGAUGUUGCAAUGGUCUCCUUAUUCAACAGAAGAAGAGCUGCUGAAGCAAUUUGAUGAUAUAGGGCCUCAUGGAACAAAAAUUGUCAUAUACAGUCUUUGGUUGAAUGAUGAUGGGGAUAUGGAACUAGAUUUCAAUUUUGAUCCUGAGGAUAUAUGUAUCAAUGGUGGAAAAACAAGUGAGAAAAGAAAACCAAUUUUUUACCAUCAUGUGGCUAACCAAUUUCAGUUCUCUCUUCGUGUGUAUGCAUCGAUCUUGUAUUGGCGGUUACCUAAGUACUUCAAAAUAAUAUUGCGGGGACAAGUGGUUGAACACUACAAUAUUGCCUUGGAUCUUAAGUUUCAUGAGAUCAUCAAGUAUAGGCCACAAACUGAUGAGUAUAUGAAGUCCGUGUUAACUACCGAUAUAGGGUUUCUGAAGGAAGCUCCACAUGUGAAUAUUCAUGGUUUCUGUAUCUACCAUCGGAAUCGUCUAAUACUGCCAUUUUGGCGUGCACUUAAAACUAUGACAAAUAGUACUGGGCGAGGUGUUGUGGGUGUUUUGGAAGCCAAUCAUAUCCAGCCUACUCACAAUAAGCAAGAUUUUGAGAAAACUCCCCUCUUCCAAAAGCUUGAAGAUCGUUUGAGGCAAAUGACGUUGGAGUAUUGGCAUCUACACUGUGAAUUAAUUGGUUAUCCGAAACUCAAAACAAAUCACCGUAUAGAAUUGGAUCAUCAGGAAUCACCUUCUUCAAGAACUCGAAAUCGCUUGUACCAGCCUGAGUCACUGGAUCAUGGUUCUCAAAAUGGAAGUUCAGGAGCAUCUUUGAAUGUAGUGGGUUUCUUAGAAGAUUCUGAAGUCACUACAUUAGAAGUCUCAUCUGGAGGACUGGGAAAGUCAACAGACAUCCACAAAGUCAGGAACCAAGAAGGACUCAUCGUAAAGAGGAAGCAUCUUGAUCCUCUAGUAAGCCUACAACAUGCAAAAAGGCACAUGGGACCCUGUGGAACUCAGAUCGAACACUAUACUGAACAGCCUGAUAGCACUGUAGUUUCAGAGAAGAUAAAACUGAUGCAAACAAAUAAAAGGCUCCUUUCACAGCUGUCAGAAAAGGAGAAAACGGUGGAAGAACUCAAUUUGAAGGUUCAACAACUUAGAAGUGAACAAGAGAGCUUACGGCUAGAAUUCACACAGAUGCUGCUCGAAGCAAAAUUGUUGGAGGGGAACAGUAUAGAAUUUUUCUAGACUUUCUAGAUAAAGGAGAAGAAAUCACUUUUAACAUUUGUAUAAAAUUCUAUUGGCAUUCUCCUUAGGUCACUAGAUAUCACCAUAACCUUACCCUUUUUCAGAGGAGGGUAGAUAACAUAGCAUGUCCAGACUAUGCUGGUGACGGUUUUUGUUCUUGAGGACGUCCCUUUUUAUAUGAAAAGAGAAAUCAGUUUCAUGCUUU